AUGGAUCUUGACCUUGCGUUAAGGAUGGAACAACCUGCUUCUCCUACAGAUACCAGCACUGCUGAGUAUAAGGCAGUUCAUGAGAAGUGGGAACGUUCUAAUCGCAUUGGUUUAAUGAUCAUUUUGGACACCAUUCCAGAAACCUUUAGAGGUAAUGAGGAGAUCUCUGAUCUCAAACUGUUCCUUGCUGAGAUGGACUUGCGUUUUGCGAGUAGCGAUAAGGCAGAAAUAAGUUCGCUACUGUAUCGCUUUAGUACCAUGAGGUAUCACAGCAAAGGAAACAUAAGAGAGUACAUUUUGGAAAUGUCCAAUAUUGUUUCAAAACUCAAGACUCUCAAGAUUGAGCUUCCGGAAGAAGUGCUCAUACAUUUUGUCUUGAACUCCCUUCCUCCUCAAUUCAAUCAGUUGAAAUCCAGUUACAACACACGUAAGGAGAAAUGGGCUCUUAAUGAGCUUAUUUCAUAUUGUGUGAAUGAGGAGGAUAGGAUGAAACAAGAAAGGUCUGAAAGUGCUCAUAUGGUUAACACCUCUAAAGGUCAGGGCAAAAGAAGGAAAAUUGAGGUUGUUAAGAAUGAUGCUGCUAAGGGUCCAUCUCAAAAGAAGCACUAA